AUGACCGGAGGUGCGCGUAUUGUCGUGGGUAUCGACUUUGGCACGACGUACAGCGGUGUCGCCUUUGCUCUUGAGUCCAGUCCUGACGAUGUUGAGGUUGUCAGAGUCUGGCCAGGAGCGAGAAAGAGUGAGUUCAAAGUUUUGAACCCCAGCAAUCAAGAGCUCAUAUUCGCAGGAACAACGCCCAAAGUACCUACAACUAUCUCCUAUGAGAACGGAAAGCUCCUGUGGGGCUAUCAGACACCGAUGUUUGGCGAGGUCGUUCGCGGUAUCAAGCUUCUGCUUGACCCGACUCAGGAAAUUGAUUACACGCCUGCAGUGCAGUCAAAGGAGAUAUUAGCAAAGUAUGACAAAGAACCAGUUGACGUUGCUCGCGAUUACCUUCAGCUUCUGGUCAAUUCGGCAAAGGAGACCCUCCGCCGUCGGUUCGGGAAUGCUUUGGAUAGCAUGGAGAUUCGGUUUGUACUGACGGUGCCUGCUGUUUGGACUGACAAAGCCAAGAACAUAACCCUAACUGCAGCGACUGAUGCCGGCAUUUCUGCGCUCGAUGUGACCCUGGUAUCGGAGCCCGAAGCAGCGGCUCUGUCAUGCCUCAACGCAAUCCAACCCAAUACCAUUGAGAACGGCGACGUGGUUAUAAUAUGCGAUGCGGGUGGUGGUACGGUGGACUUGAUCUCGUACCGGGUGAAGAGCAUCAAUCCUCUUGAAUUAAUGGAAGUCACAGAAGGAACUGGGGCAAUAUGCGGAUCUGUACUUCUUGAUAAGCGGUUUGAAAGCUAUCUGGUCGGACUUUUUGGGGAGAAAACAUACCAGAGCGUAUCCCACAGAACUCGUGAGACAGCGUUGAAUUACUGGCAGGACUUUGUGAAGCCAAAUUUUGCCGGUCUCUCGAUUGAAGAUGAUGACGAAUAUUCCGAAGUGGACUACUCCGUGCCUAUAAGCGGUGUUGGUGACAAGCCAGAGAUAGGACUGGAGGGAGGAUUCUUGAAUAUGACAAAGGAGAACGUCGGGGGCAUAUUUCUUCCUGUCGUCGAUGAAGUUGAAAGACUGGUACAAGACCAGAUGGUACAAAUAUCCAUGGCUGGAAUGCGGGCCAAGGCUAUCUUUUUGGUUGGAGGCUUUGGUUCUUCCGAAUAUCUCUUCCGACGAUUGCAAUCCGCCGUGGUGAAUGUGACUGUGAUGCAGCCCCCUAAUGCAUGGUCCGCCGUUGUUCGUGGAGCGGUUCUGCGAGGGCUAGGAGGGAAUCAGGUAGGAGAGCGAAUUGCUCGAUGCCACUACGGCAUCAAAUUUGACAUCGAGUACAAUCCGCGGCGUCAUAAUGCAGCGGACAAAUACUGGAACGCGUUGACUGAAAAGUGGUACGUGGGCAACCGCAUGAAGUGGUACAUUGAAAAGGGGAAGCCUAUCUCUGAGGACAAGCCGAUCAGAAUGAGCUGGUCCCGUAACCUGCCAAAGGUGUCUUGCAUAGAAAAACUGAAACAAGUCACCACUUCGCUGUACAUCUGCAACCUCGACGACGCACCAGAUCAUCUCACUGAGGAUGUCUUCAAGGUCUGCACUUUGGAGGCAAACCUCAGCGCAAUUCCACGCAACUUGUUCCGCAGUAAAACGAAUUACGCGGGAGAGGAGUACUACACAAUCCCUUUUCAGAUUGCCAUGACACCUACUUCUGCCUCUAUUUUGUUUAAUCUUGAGUUCAACGGAGUGUCUUAUGGAUCGGUGCAGGCCAAGUAUUAA